AUGUCCCGACGCACAGAGUCACGUUUCAUUUUUGAUAUUGAAGAAAACACGCGAAUUUUUCGCCACCAACGUUUUGUAAAUGGAUCACGGAGAACUGAUUGUCCUUCCUGCGAAAGUCGAGUGCCAUCCAACGAACCGUACAGUCAUCACUGGCUGAAUGAUCCCAACAGCAUCCAGUUAGGCCACGAUGAGAAGGCGAUCCUGAAAACAAUCGAUGAUCAGCACAUUGAGACUUUCAUCCUGUGCGAUAGCAGUCUACCAGCAAGGACAAAUGACUUUCUUUUGGAUGCCGGGAUGGAUGCAGUGCCGCAGUUGCUGAGAUUCCUUAGUUUUGGAACGGAAAAAUUAGACGCCACCGUUGGCUUUUAUGUCGAUGUGAAAAAGGAACGCAUGUACUACGAAAGUAGUCCAUUGACUAUUGAAAACCAUCUCGAUAUCGGAGAGGCAGUGGACAUGAUAUUCUCCAUGCUGCUAGAAAAGAUUAGCAACUAUGUGCUAUUGCACCAAAGAGUUCCGUUGGAGGCCUGUGUUAUUCGAAGGAUGAAGCUGACUGUCCGAAGACACUGCCAUACCUCAACCUCAAGCUGCAACUACAAACUGCCUUUACAAUAUCGCGUCAAAAACGCAGCAGGUGGCAGUAAGACCCCCAAUACAGAUCUUGCUCUGAUUGCUGAAAAUUAUUUAAAACAUCCCGAGAAAGGAAGACCAAUUCCCCAAAAUCUGAAAUUAAACCUUUACUGUUUUCGGGUCUGCUCCACAUCCAAAGAAUUGUACGCAGUUCCAUAUUUACUUCGCGGCGAGGAUGUGGAAAACACACCCACAUUUGCAAUAAAAACAGAUGUUAUUGGCGGUUUUUGUGGUCUUCAGGAAGUCCAUAAUAUCCGUAAAUUCCUGCGGACCGACACCAAGGAUCGAGUGACCGAAUGUCGCCAGUGUCAGGCCCAUUUCGUGGACCGAGUUCACUUCGCCCUCCAUAAACAAAUCGACUGUGGACGCGGAUUCAUGGUUUGGCACAUGGACAAGGAAGCUAUCGAGUUGCACGAAAACUGCCUGCCUUUGCCGAAAGAAUUCUUUAAGUACGAAUGGAUUGGAGUAGGCGGUAAAAGAAGCUAA